GCGGCGGCGAACCUGUCUCCACUUUUAGAUCACUAAAAUGCGAGCAUAAUGUUUCUCCUCCGUGAAUGGACCCGGCUCGGUGUGUGCUGAUGGACGCCGGCCUGCUGUGGACCGGAUAACCGUUUGCCUUCCGCUCACUUUUUGCACGGAGGACCAGACCUAGAAAUUCUUUUCGUCGCUAGCAGAAUGCUGGAAAGACGAGGAAUGGCUUUGAUGAACGCUGCUUUGAAUCUGAGGACAUUUUCCACGUUGAGCCCAUAAAUAGAAGAGACAGUUUAGGCGGCGCUUUUACGAGAAGUUCGCUGUCCGUGCGACCCGGUGUUGGCAACCGGUUUGGGCUCGGGCGAACCGACGCCUCCGCCGCCAGGAGACGGCUGGGUGUCUGGCUCCAGUCGUGGCCUCGCUCCGGGCACUCCCAGCUUAUCCGCUAGCGUCGGAGCUCCGGCGACGAGAACGACGAGACACCGACGGGACUGGAGCCGAACCACGCGCGCGCGCGCCCGCCGGGAUAUUUCUACGCGUCUUUUCUACAUAAGGAAUCCAGUCUCCUCCAGACGGCGACUUCAAAACAAUGGCGUCUUAUGUGGACAACAGCUUUCGGCAGGCUGUGAUAAUGAAUCCGGCUGAAAGGACGCAACAGGACCUGGAGAUCGUCUACUCCUAUCUCCACGGGAUGGAGGCCUUGUCCAACCUGCGAGAGCAUCAGCUUAGGAUAAUGUGUGAGACGGUGCGUUACGAGAGACACGAGGCCAAUGAAGUGUUAUACUACCCUGAUGACAUUGGAAGCUGCUGGUACAUCCUGCUGUCUGGCUCCGUCUUCAUUAAGGAGUCCAUGUUCCUGCCCAGAAGCAGCUUUGGGAAGCGGUCGGCGGGCAGCCUGCGGCGCGGAUGCGAGUGCAUCGUCCUGGAACCUUCAGAGAUGAUUGUGGUGGACUAUAUGGAUGAAAAUGAGGAGUACUUUCAGCGGCAAGCCUCGCACAGACAGUCCCGUCGGCGCUUUCGCAAGAUCAACCAGAAAGGCGAGAGGCAGACGAUCAUCGACACCGUGGACCCGUACCCCACGGGGAAGCCGCCCGUAGCCCGGGGAUACCACACGGGAUGCAAUAAACCCCAGCUCCCCGCAGACUUCAGCAGACUUCACCUGGCCGACGGCUUGCACCCACAGGUGACCCACGUCUCCUCCAGCCACUCAGGAUGUAGUAUCACCAGCGACUCUGGAAGCAGCAGCCUGUCAGACAUUUACCAGGCCACGGAGAACGAACAAGGCGACAUGGACCUGAGUGGGCUGCCGGAGACCGCCGUUGAUUCCGAGGAGGAUGACGACGAGGAGGACAUCGAGCGGGCGUCGGACCCCCUCAUGAGCCGGGACAUCGUGCGGGACUGUCUGGAGAAGGACCCCAUGGACAGAACCGAUGAUGACAUAGAGCAACUCCUGGAGUUCAUGCAUCAGCUGCCAGCGUUCGCCAACAUGACCAUGUCAGUGAGGAGGGAGCUCUGCGCCGUCAUGGUCUUCGCGGUGGUUGAACGCGCCGGCACCAAUGUCCUAAAUGACGGAGAGGAGCUGGACUCGUGGUCAGUAAUUCUGAACGGUUCGGUGGAGGUGACCUACCCUGACAACCAGACAGAGAUCCUGUGUAUGGGGAACAGCUUUGGGGUGUCCCCGACCAUGGAGAAGGAAUAUAUGAAGGGUGUCAUGAAGACCAAGGUGGACGACUGCCAGUUUGUGUGUAUAGCCCAGCAGGAGUACUGCUGCAUCCUCAACCAGGUGGAGAAGAACAUGCAGAAGGUGGAGGAAGAAGGAGAGAUCGUAAUGGUGAAGGAGCACCGUGAACUGGACCGCACUGGGACCCGGAAAGGACACAUAGUCAUCAAGGGCACAUCGGAGCGUCUGACCAUGCACCUAGUGGAGGAGCACUCCGUGGUGGACCCCACCUACAUCGAGGACUUCCUGCUGACCUACAGGACCUUCCUCUCCAGCCCCAUGGUCGUGGGCAAGAAGCUCCUGGAGUGGUUCCACGACCCAAGUCUCAGGGACAAGGUUACACGGGUAGUCUUGCUGUGGGUGAACAAUCACUUCAAUGACUUUGAGGGGGAUCCUGCCAUGACUCACUUUCUGGAAGAGUUUGAAAACAAUCUGGAGAAAGAAAAAAUGUGCGGACACCUCAGACUGUUAAACAUAGCGUGUGCUGCUAAAGCCAAGCCACGGCUGGUGACGCUGACCAAGCCGUCCAGGGACUCUCCGCUGGCGUUCAGCCUCCUCGGAGGUCAGGAGAAAGGUUUCCGCAUCUUCAUUGAUGCUGUUGAGCCAGGGAGCAAGGCAGCAGAGGCCGGCCUGAAGCGUGGAGAUCAGAUCCUGGAAGUAAAUGGGCAGAACUUUGAGAAUGUCCAGCUCAGCAAAGCCAAUGAGAUUCUGAAGAACAACACCCACUUAUCCAUAACUGUGAAAACAAAUCUUUUAGUGUUCAAAGAGCUGCUAACCAGGCCGGACCAGGACCACGACUUCGAUGGCGAGGACGACCACGACAGAAAGAACGGGGCGCCGCACCUUCCAAAGAUCGGGGACAUCAAGAAGGCCAGUCGCUACUCCAUCCCCGACCUGGCAGUGGAUGUGGAGCAGGUGAUGGGCCUGGAGAAGGUCAGCAAAAAAGCAAAGACCAACUCGGUGGGAGGACGCAACAAGCUGAAGAAGAUCUUUGACAAGACACUCACCAGCAUCCUGCCUCCCAAACCAUACAAUGACGUUUGCGUGGGCCAAUCGCAGGACGACAGCAUCGUUGGGAUGAAGCAGUCCAAACAGAUCCCACCUGCGCUUCCCGUCAGUGGGAACCUGUCGUCGUCGAACCCAGACCUUCUACAGUCUCACCACCGCAUCCUUGACUUCAACAACCAGCCUGCCUCAGACAUCCCGAACAUGUCGGAUCAGGUACUACGAGUCUUCAAAGCCGACCAGCAGUCUCGGUACAUCAUGAUCGGGAAGGACACGACGGCCAAGGAGGUGGUGGCUCAGGCUAUCAGGGAGUUUGCCCUGACGGCGGCACCCGAGGCCUAUUCACUGUGUGAAGUGUCUGUCACACCUGAGGGCGUCAUCAAACAGAGGCGACUGCCGGAUCAGCUUUCCAAACUGGCCGAUAGGAUUCAGCUGAGCGGCAGAUACUACCUAAAGAGCAACAUGGAGACAGAGACGCUCUGCUCCGACGAGGAUGCCCAGGACCUCCUUCGCGAAGGCCAGAUCUCCCUGUUACAGCUGAGCACGGUGGAGGUCGCCACGCAGCUCUCCAUGCGGGCGUUCGAGCUGUUCUGCGCCAUCGAGCCCACCGAGUACAUCGACGACCUGUUCAAGCUGCGCUCCAAGACCGGAUCGGCCAGUCUGAAGCGCUUCGAGGAGGCCAUCAACCACGAGACCUUCUGGGUGGCCACGGAGGUGACGCGAGAGCCCAACCAGCUGAAGCGCAUGAAGACCGUCAAGCACUUCAUCAAGAUCGCUCUGCACUGCCGCGAGUGCAAGAACUUCAACUCCAUGUUCGCCAUCAUCAGCGGGCUGAACCUGGCACCGGUUUCCAGACUGAGGGGAACAUGGGAAAAGCUACCUAGCAAGUAUGAGAAGCUGUUCGGGGACCUGCAGGACCUUUUUGACCCCUCAAGAAACAUGGCCAAAUACAGGAAUGUCCUCAACAAUCAGAACCUCCAGCCACCAAUCAUCCCCCUGUUCCCUGUCAUCAAGAAGGACCUCACCUUCCUACAUGAAGGCAACGACUCUAAAGUGGACGGCCUUGUCAACUUCGAGAAGCUGAGGAUGAUUGCCAAAGAAAUCCGCCAUGUCGGUCGCAUGGCCUCUGUCAACAUGGACCCGGCCCUCAUGUUCCGGACCAGGAAGAAGAAAUGGAGGAGUUUAGGGUCUCUAAGCCAGGGCAGUGCCAAUGCGGCGGUGCUCGACGUCACCCAGACCGGCGGCCACAAGAAGCGGGUGCGUCGCAGCUCCUUCCUCAACGCCAAAAAGCUCUACGAGGACGCCCAGAUGGCCCGCAAGGUCAAGCAGUACCUGUCCCACCUCAGCCUGGAAACCAACGAGGAGAGCCUGCAGACGCUGUCGCUGCAAUGCGAGCCCUCCAUCAGUACGUUACCCAAGAACGCUGGUGGGAAACGACCAGACACGUCCCCGGUGGUGUCCAGAGCUGCCAAUCAGCAGAGGGGCCAGUUGGCCAAAGGAAACCAGGCCCUCCAGGUCCCUGCAGUGGCUCUGUACCCGUCGCGAAAGAAGGUGCUCGUCAAGGACCUACCGCCGUUUGGCACCAGCUCGCCUCAGUCUCUGAAGAAGAUCCUGUCUCUGUCGGAGGAGGGGAGCGACAGGCACCGGAGACAGCCAGAGGACACUGUGUCCAACGCCUCCUCCCAGCUCUCGUCUCCUCCCACGUCCCCCCAGAGCUCUCCCAAGAAGGGAUACAACCGAAUGGGAGACGCGUACUCGGACUCUGGGCACAGUGAGAUCUCCUCGCGCUCCAGCCUCGUCAGCAACUCGUCUUUCGACAUGGCUCAGGAGGAGCGCCGGCUCCGUCACUCCGGGGGGGUCGGGGAGUCGCACCUGGGGGGACCGCGGCUGGAGCGAAGAGCCACCACGGACCCCGACCAGUACAGCCUCGGGUCUUACUCAUCAAUGCAGGACUGUCGGGGUAUUUAUGCCGGCUGCCCCACGGUGCUCUCUUCACCCAGCUCCGAGGAGCUGACGCAGGACCAGGGCGAUCGAGUUUCCCUGGAUGCUGCAGACAGCGGUCGCGGCUCCUGGACUUCCUGCUCCUCUGGUUCCCAUGACAACAUCCAGACCAUGCAGCAGGGGCGCAGCUGGGAAACCUUGGCGUUUGGUGCAGGGGGCAUGGGGGGCCUCCCUCCCGGUGGCCCGGAGGCCUUACUGGGAGGCCCCGCUGCCCUGUGGGCGGCACAGGCCCGCGGCAGCUGGGCCUCCGCCAGCUCCUCCUCGUCCUCGGCCGCAUACUGGGGGGAGGAUUCGGAGGGCGACACCGGCACGAUCAAGAGACGGGGAGGGAAGGACGUCAGCGCCGACCCAGAAACAAGUAGCAUCACGUCCACGGGGUCGGAGGAGGCCAAGCAGCUCGGCCGGCCGUCUCCGUCACCAAUCACCGCUGGGGGUAAAGGCCUCAUUUCUCGUAAAGAAGGCCGCUACCGCGAGCCUCCCCCGACUCCCCCAGGCUACACGGCCCUGACCAUCUCUGACCUCGCCGAAGGACAGCACCCGGCGCCGCCCGUCCCCGCCCCCACGGUGACCCACUCGGGCCGCCGCCCUCCGGACUACACCACGGCGCUGCAGCGCUCCCGCAUGGUCACCCAGUCGCCCGACUCCCAUCAGGCCCAGCAGGGGGCCAAACAGCGGGCGGGCGGCCUCCAUCGCACUCGUUCACCAGCCGAGGACCAGGAGCCCGAGGAGGAAGAGGAGGGUGAGUCCUUGUCUUCCAAACUAGUCGCUCUGAGGAAGCCAAAGCCAGUGGCACAUCAUACAUCUGAGACUCCCAGACCGUGAGCGUGUGUGUCCGAGGUUUUCAGGCAGAGGAUGAACAGGUGUCUGCGGUGUGAGGGGCAAACGGUGGACGUCCUCUUGCAGUAACUUGAAGUCCCCCUGGAAUCGUUGUGGGCACGGUUAAAGCGGCCGGCGGACAGAGCCGUAGACUCAUCAUCAGUGCCUGCCUCCCUCCUGGAUCGGUGGAUUCCUCGACUCAUCUCCCUCCCCUGCCUUAAAGCAUCAUGGGGGGUUUCAUGACCCUGCAUGCAAAAAAUAUACUGUGAAGAAGAAGAGAUGAAGAAAAGGUCAAAGACGAUAACGGAAAGCUGGCACUUUGGCAAAAAGACUAAUAAACCGAACUGGUGCCAGGGACCGCAGACACCCAGAUCCACCACAACCCCCCCCACCCCCAUGACUAAACCCACCUGGUAACACACACAAACAGCAUCAUGAUGUGUCGAUCUUCAUCUGCACUUUCUCAUUUUGUACCUUCUAAAGAAAAGGAACAAAGCAGACUUGUCUGAAGACUGAGAGAAACAGUGGUUGACUUGACUCUUAAUUUUCAACUUCCCGCUAGAUUUCUUGGUUAAAAAUUCCUCGACUGAUUGCACUCGGGGGAAGGGGCAAAGAGAGACAUCAAGUCAGCCCAUCGUUCUCUGCUUGGACUGAAACAACCAACCAGUUGUUGUGUUUGAACUCUGACUCCAGUAUUAACUCAUGUUUCCCAUCUUAUCAAACGUCGGUUCGGAUCAAAGCUAGUGGACGAGCUCAGCGUGGAGAACCAAAAUGCACAGCGUGCUGACACGUCAUGCUCUACGCACACACACACACACACACACACACACACACACACACACACACAUUUUAUACACAGUCAAUUUUAAGAAUAGCACUUUCAGCACAAGCCCAGAUGUUGCCAGACGUUUGGCCUGGAUACCAGGGUAUGAGUCCACCACAUCUCAGCGUCAUCCCACCCUGAAGCUUGUCUGCUUACGUCGAACUCUUCUCCUCAUUCUGUGGCUCGCUAAAACAAGUUCAUGGCCUGUGGGCAAUAUUAAAAAGCACAGAGCGAACGCGUUGGUCCAGUGCAUCGGACGGACACAGCGGAUCCAAACUCGGCCACAGAGUGCAUCAUAGAAACGGCUGAGCCGGUUUGAGCCGGGCGCGCCGACGUCGCCUGUGGACCCUGGUGAGCUGUACACCAUCCCUGAACGGGGAAACGAUGCUCCGUGUCCUUUAAUUUAAGUGUGAAUAGAUCCUAGACCAGGGUGGUGCACACCAGCCGAUUAGAGACGCUGCCAGUAUUUAAAUUGAAGCAACUACCUUUGCAAAUAAUCUUGUACAGAGUCUUAUGAUACACAUUUUUACCUUCCAAAACAAGCCCUCUAGUUCACAAUUGGCUUCUUCCCCAUUUUGAGCAUCCGCCACAUCUUGUGAAUGUCCAAAGCGCCUUACGAUGCCGUGACUGCGUACACGUCUUUAAAUGGUUGUUUCCACCGUGAAUCCCCUUGUUUCAGGACCAGUCUUGAACCAAGCAAUAGCUGAGUGAAAUGCCUUAUCGCAGAUACUUCCCGUGGCUUUUUUUAAAACAUGUUAAGACUCGGUACAAGAUAAAGUUGAGCUUUUUCUCUGUUGUUACUGUAAUCUGGCUUUUUUUAGCUGUGGUCGUUACAGAUGUGUUCCAGAGCGACCCUCACCCUCCCUCUGCUGCUGUGCUACUAGGUUUAGCCUCAAACUCUUCUCGUUGCUCACAUCAGCUCCCUGGAUGCUCUAUGUAUAUCGCUAGCGCCCGCAUCCAGUUUUCCACCAUAUCUUGGCAUCAGUGGAAGUGACUGAAGAUUUUAUUUGUAUUUUUUACCCUUUGACUCCGGUGGGGAAGCUGACGUAUGAAGAAACGUGUUUUCAGGCCUGCCAGUCCGAAUGAUUCGAUGUUCAAUCGUGAAAAGUAACGGUUUGUUUCCGGUCGCCGAGUCGCGCUGAUCACAUUGAUCAGUCCCGGAAACGACGGACUGUGAAAACAAUCGUGAACGAGUGCAGUGUUUUCCACUGUGUUCUGUGACUUCACUCUAAUAAUUUCCUGGGCUUCUUUUGUUAUUGUACUUUUUUUGUAAUGGCUGCAGAUAGAUUGUUAAUAAUUUGUAAUACGGUGGUGACAUGCAUCAUUCACUUUCAUUCAACUCUGAAGAUAACGUGCAUAUUAGCAGGCCGAGUCCUACGUCGAAAAACAAAAAGUUGCACAAAAAUGUACACGCGUAAAGAUAAGUGUAGUAGGUAGAACUGCUACGUUUGAUGUGUGAUGUCAGUGAGAAAUGUACAUUUAGCUGGUGACGACCUUCUUUUCUUCAUUCUUUCUUGUACUACUUUGACCUGUAUGUCUUUUAAAAAGACAAUUGGUGAAGUAUGUAUCAGUUGUUUUUGUAUUUUUAAUACAACAAUUGUAAAUAUUGGUUAUAUUUUUGUUCAAAUGUACUAUGUUUAUGCCUCAACAUCCAGUUUAUAUGAAGCUGGGAAUCAAUAAAUACCGCAUAAAGAAUCGACA